UUAGUUUUACCUGAACUACGGAGAUCUGCGCGAGAGGCGGGAAAAAGGAAAAGAAAGGGGAAAAAGUGGGAGAGGAGAUCGGACUGCGAGGUCUAGCUCGGCGAGGGAGGGAGAGAAAGACUGGCACUUGUGGCAUCGGGCGACGGGAAAACAAGAGGGGGAAGUGUGAGUGGAUGGCGCGAUACUUCAAGAACAGAAAUGGUGUAGGAAGAAUGUGAUUUUUCUUGAAAAUGAAACCUCGCACUAACAGAUUACUAUCACAUGCACAUGGAAUAUCAGGAAGAAGUAAAGGAACACUAAAAGUAUUACAGCGAGGCGGUAAUAAAGUAGUGGACAUCAAGGUGAAGCCUUUUACUGGAAAAAUUUUUUACCUUGACCUGCCUUCUAAUAAGCAUACAGAGAACUUAGAAAAGGAUUUACAAGAUCUAGGAGGGACAAUUGAGAAGUUUCUUAGCAAAGAUAUUAAUUACAUCAUUUCUAAUAGAAGUGAGGCCAAAUUUGCCCAAACUCCAGGCAAAAACUCUCCAGUCCCAAGCCCAGAUUCAGUUCAGAACACUGUUAACACGUCUCCUCAUCCAAGCAGUCGGCGAGAAAGCUAUGAAGGAAGUUCUCAUAGAACAUUGGAAACGAUUAGCAGAGGAAAAAGCUUAGUAAAAAAAGUUAUUAAGGAACAGGAAUUUGUCCACGGAAACAGUAUCCUGUCAAAUGCAGUAGCUUGGGGAGUGCGAAUACUCUAUGUGGAUGAUAUAAAAGCAUAUAUUUCAAGGAAGAAGGCGGCCUCCAUAAACAUAGAACCCGAAAGUGUUGUCACAGAGGUGAAAAGCAAUCGAACUGGCCUGUCUGGUGGUCAUAAAACAAAAGCAGGAAGACUGAAGAAGCCUUUUAUCAAAGUUGAAGCCAUAAAUCGACAUUACAGACCUUUAUACAUACAGCUGGAUUGCUACCCAGAGGUUAAUUACCACAGUGCAACUCCCUGUAGUCCCUUUGAUAUUGACAAGAAAAGCAAAGGCAUUGAUAAGCAAAAUAAAGGAAAAGCCAGAAGUAAAGGCUUCAAAGUGACCUGCAGUGACAGAAAUUGCAAAAUGGAUACAAAAAUCAUGGAAACUCUAAAAGAGAAGAAAAAGAAAGGUUACUGUGAAUGCUGCAUGAUGAAAUAUGAAGACUUAAAAAUUCAUCUGAAAAGUGAGCAUCAUAGAAGGUUCUCAGAGAGCAACGAAUUUGAUGUUGUGGAUAAAAUAAUUUCCCAGUUUGAUUGUGACUUUGUAGAGUUUCAAAAAGAUAAGGUGAAAAGGGCAAAGUUUACUAAUGGUGUGCACACACAAGCUUUCGCCAAGAUAAAUACUGCAGAGCUACACAAUGAGUUUCAAAGACCACAUAAAGAGCAUAUGGAAGGAAAUAAAUAUGCCGUAUCAUGGAGAAUAAAGAAUAAUGAACAAGUUAGUGGAUGGGAAAAUAAACCAAGUAGUUUGUCUUUUCAAUUAAAGGAAAUUGUGUCUUCAGGCACCUUAAAUUCACCUAACCAGUUUUUGCCUUUGGCUAUACAAAGUCAAGUUAGCAUUUCUGACAUGGCUGAUAAAUCCACCUUUGGUAAUAGCAAGUCUUUCAGAGAGAGCAAAGUUUCUUCUGAAAAUCAGACAAAAAGCAGGACUUUCCAUAGCACAUCUUUGUGUCCAACACAAGAAGGUUGUUCCAUGAUUUCAAAGCUUUGUACUUCGGAAGAGUUGCAUCAUUUUGUAAGAUUGCCAGGCAAGGAGAGAUCACCAUCUGUUGCUGAAGAAUCCUCACAUAAGCAACCAUUCGACGAAGACGUACGUGGAAAUAGGCUACAGUCAGACUUUAUUGUAUGUUCUGACAGUGACAAAAACAUAACUAACCUGCAGACGGCAUCAAAGAUUAAUUUACAGGAGAAGUGCAAAGAACAGAAAAAUGCACAACUUGUUUCUGAAUAUUAUGGGGUAACUGACUGUGGUUCACCUUUCAAUGCAGCAGUUCCUGUUAAAAAUCCAUCUGACCCUCUCCAGAAAGGAUUUAUUUUGGGCAAAGACAGAAAUGAAGAUCCAGGAGAAGGAUUCGCAUGUGAAAUAAUGUCUACAGAUAAUGCCAUUGCACAUAAAAUAACUAAAGUUCAUUCUGUACGGUCCUCUUCACCUUUUAAGAAAUUGCAUAAGAAAGUGCGAUUUUCUGGUGGAUAUGGAAGAAGUAAAAAGAAGGCUCAGAAUCACAGAAUGGAAAUAUGUAUACUUUCAAAGCAAAAUUGUUUGGCAGAUGAAGAUAAGACUCCUAGUUUGCCAUCAAAAAGUUUACUGGAAUUAUUUCAAACCAGUGAAGGUAGUGAUUCUGAGUUUCCAGGUUUUACAGAACAUUCAUCUCAGAAAAUGUCAGAAUUGGAAAGAGACUUAAUGGAUAAUGAUCAGUCAAAGAACAUCCUGUCGCUGUUUACCUAUUCAUCAUCUUUAUCAUCUUUUCUUGGUUUCUAGGGCAACGUAUAUGGAAGUAUUUGUUUCAAGGACAGAAUGUGUAUGCAGUAGAGAGUUUUAUUUCUGUUCCAAUUUUGCAAAGAUUCCAGUAUGGUUAUGGUCUUUCCACUUGAUCAUUUUAAUAUGCCUAUUAGGUUUGGAAAUAAAAAAUAAAUGCUACCUACCUACCUACUGCUUUAAGAACAAGGAGUCAAUUUAGAUCUUUUUCUUGUUCUUUUCAUAUUAUAUUCAAUUUUAAAUUAAAAGUAAAAUCUUCCCUUCAAAUUAAAGAAUGGUUAGCUAACAAUGUUAAUGGUUUCUAUUACAUUUCAAUUGCCACAAAUUAAUUUGUAUUUUAUUACAGAAAGUUCAAACCCAAUACUGUUAUAAGCUUGAUUACAUGUAAGUAUGUCCUUGUAACAGUGUUAAUCAGUACUUCUAAUAAAGCUAUCCCUCUUGGGAGCAUGGAUUUGUAAAGUAGGUUGAU